AUGCCGAACUAUUCCUCCAUCUCGGAUGCGCAACCUGGCGCACCCGCUCCCUCAUCAUCGCCCGACAUGACCAGAGCGCGACGAGUUCGGAACCACCAGAAAGACGCACACAUUGGAUCAGCUACGAUGAUUAGCUGCAUCGUCAACCUACUGAACACCAUCAUCGGCGCCGGCACGCUGGCCAUGCCAUCGGCUAUGUCUCAUUUCGGCAUCUUGCUCGGUGUCGUCGUCAUUCUAUGGUCCGGCUUCACAUCAGCCUUCGGCCUGUAUCUACAGUCUCGAUGUUCACGAUAUCUGGACCGUGGCUCGGCUUCAUUCUUCGCGCUCUCUCAGUUGACAUAUCCCAAUGCUGCGGUCAUCUUUGAUGCCGCGAUAGCAAUCAAGUGUUUUGGCGUCGGCAUCUCAUACAUGAUCAUCAUUGGCGAUCUGAUGCCGGGCGUGGCCGAAGGAUUCAGCAGUCGGGCGGUCGAGGUGGCGUUCCUCAUGAACCGCAAUUUUUGGAUUACGGCUUUCAUGCUCAUCAUCAUUCCUUUAUGCUUCCUGCGUCGACUGGACUCGCUGAAGUACACCAGCGUGGUAGCCUUGAUCGCCAUCGGAUACCUCAUCAUACUCGUUGUCUACCAUUUCGCAACUGACCCCCUGGCCCCACGAGAGAAAGUCAGGAUCAUCUCAUGGGGAGGCCCCGUAGAGGCUUUGAGUAGUCUUCCCGUUGUGGUGUUCGCGUACACUUGCCACCAGAACAUGUUUUCGAUUCUGAAUGAACUCGAUCAAAAUACGCCCGCAAGAAUCAUGGGCGUCAUUUCAUCAAGCAUCGGCUCCGCCGCUGGAGUGUAUUGCCUUGUAGCAGUUACCGGAUAUCUGACCUUUGGGAACGAUGUCGCGUCUAAUAUCGUAGGACAAUACCCGGCUUCCAUUGCCUCCACGAUUGCGAAGGCCGCCAUUGUAGUCCUCGUCACAUUCUCUGUCCCCUUGCAGGUGCACCCUUGCCGCGCGUCCGUUGACGCAGUUCUGAGAUGGAGGCCAAGUGCAGUAUCUGGCGCUGCUAACCGAUCAAACUCGCCGGGCCGUGGGCCCUUGUUACCCGCCGCUGGGCGCUCUGAUCAUGGGUCUGGUGCUGCCAUGUCAGAACUGCGCUUCGCACUUCUGAGUACUGCCAUUUUGGUCUUGAGCUACACCGUCGCUCUGUCCGUUACCUCACUAGAACGCGUGCUUGCCUACGUUGGUGCGACUGGCAGUACCAGCAUCAGCUUCAUCCUACCGGGGCUGUUCUACUACAAGAUUUCAGAUCCCGAUUCAAUCCAUCACCAACGACUUGCCAAGGACGAGGACGACCCGGUCUCCCCAGCCGAGUCAGACGUCGAGGACGACGAUCAGGCUGAUGAUGGAGUUCUAGGGGCCAGCGUUGACAGCCUCCGCAGCAACGGCAGCGCAGCUCACCGUGGCCGCUCAGCCAGAUCUCCAUGGCACUGGCGGACAAAGUGGAGAUGGGAUAUGGAUCACAUCGAUCCUAUUUUCCUUAGGAGGGCCGCUGCCGCUCUGGCGACAUACGGCUUCUGCGUGAUGGCUGUAUGCCUGGGUAUGAACUUGUUCGGCAGCAUAUCAGCUCACUGA